CGUUGUGGGUUGGUGGCGCCACUCUCCUCAUUGUGACUUGCGCAGUCGAAGAGAGAAGGUGGUGGAGGUUGUAGGUCCUUGUAUUUUGUUACCUGAGCUACCCUUAGGAUUAUCUCUACUCACCUCAUAACUGUCGCGCCAAACUACAAAAAAUAUCCGAUUUCGUCUAUUUGAAGCCUAAAAAAAGUGUUAGUGGUGCUUCAUUGUGAUACAGCAAAGUGACAUUUUAUGCAGUGCUAGAGAAGUGUGUGGUACGCGAGAGGAAUUUUCUUAAGCCAUUCAUCCAUAGUUGUGACACACCUCGACCUAUCGACAUGGAUGAAAAGAGCAGCAUUUUGCUUGCUCGUGGAUGUGACGAUGAAGAACUGGAGGACUUUUUCGAGCGUUUAGGACGUUUGGUUCCCAAGCUUCGUUGUACUUGCGAAGAAUUGAGUCAUUGCGACUUUCACAGCUCACAAGAAAUGAGAGAUUCUAACGGCGACUCCAAUCAUGUAGCGCAACCUCAGGCAAUAAAUGAAGGCUAUGAUUCGUCGUCUAAAUGUGCUCUUGAUCAACAUGCAAUCUUUGAUUCGUCGAGAGUAGAUGACAGUAUUUCAUCCAAAAUUGUCGACGAUUGUCAAGGGUCUAGUCAAGUAUAUAAUUUAAUUCCAAUACAAUCACUUACGUUUGACCACCCAACACUUAACGUUGUAAAUAAUAAAUUCAACCAGCCGUGUAAAUCCAGGCGAGUCAACCACCCCGCUGUUAAAACUUGCAGAAUACGAAAUAGAACCACUCCGUAUAAUUUAGCUAAGCAUGUUACCAAAAUAGAUAGUCACGCCAAAUCAUCUUCGAGCCGCUAUUGCCCAAGUACGAAAUUUGAGCCUGAAGGUCGGCUCGAACUUCUAACUGACGUCAUUGAAUACAUACAUAAUCUUCAGAGCCUCUUGGAGAGCGCACAAGGCAGAGGUUUUGACGUCUCCUCUGACCUGGAUCAUGGCUCCAAGCUACACCCGGAAGAUCAAGAGGAAUCUUGCAAGACCACCCACUCUGGGAAGGCUCGUUACCCUUUCAGUGAUCAGGAUGCGAAGGCCGAAGGUAUGAAGCUGGCUCAUGAAUCUGACGUCGUGCCACCUGUGGAUCAAGCCAUCAAGUUGUUGGACCGUGUAGUGCCGGCAGCUGGGGCUUCGUCGUUCAGAUUAGUGGAAUCUGUGGCGUCUGUGGACCGAGCCAUCGAGCUGCUCGAGUACAAGACAGGCGCCAUCACUCUUACUGCCUGAUCUCAAGCGCAACCACCUUACUAACGAGUGAUCUCAUCAUGGGCAUGGAGGGUACAUACCUAACGGUCGUCUCAUCAGUUGUUGACAUCCGCAUCUCUUUUUAAAUAUGAUAACUUUUGAAUAAUUGUUUACUGCAGCGUUCGUGUUAAGGGAUAACUUCUGAAGAAUUGUUCACUCAAACGUUUGUGUUAAGGAAUAAAUUUUGAAGAAUUGUUUACUCUUACGUUCGUGUUAAAGGUUAUCUUCUGAAGAAUUCUUCUCUCCAGCGCUCAUUAUCGACCGCGUGACGCCUGUACAACAAUUUUGCUCCCAGUUGCUGUUCAUCUUGAAAAAGAAUGAAUUUGUUUCAAUUUCCAAGUACGGAAUACAUUCCAAGGAAAAAAGACUAAACAGCGACAUAUUUUGAGGUGUCAACAUAAAGGUUAAAUUUCAAGUAAACGCUAAUAAUUUAUUCGGCAACAAUAAUUUCAAAACGCUUGUUCUUUGCGUACUUUGUCGAAGCGACUGAGAGCUCGAUGGC